AUGACAGAGGUCGCUUUGUCUGUGUUUGAGCACUCGCUUGCUUUCGCAGAAGCUGAGAACAUGAUAUUUCACACCCUGAACAAGAAGGUCGGCAAACCCGCGAAUGCCACCUCCACCACGACUGCUGCUGCGGCUGCCAUAACAUCGGAAGGCACAAUACCUGCAUCGGGCACGAUUCUUGCUAUUACUGAUGCUGCUCAUGCGCUCUUUGGACAACAUCCUUUCGAUAGAAUAAACGUACCAGUUGAGAUACUACUCAUUGCACUAUUCUCCUGUGGAAAUGCUUUAAGCUCGCAUGUCAUUGCUGUUCUAGGCAAGAGACACCAUUUCAGACUAGUAAACACAACGUUCUGGGGAUUGUGCUAUAUGAUAGCAUUCACUUGGGGAUUCUUUGUGGAAAGCGACAUGGUGCGCAUGGAAGACGGAGUUGCAAAACCGGUCAGUGGGCUGCUACACUUCCCUACAGUCGCCAUAGUGGGCUUUCUACCCCAUAUGGCCAUAGUUUUUGGCAUCGCUGUGUGCAGCGUGAUCUAUAUGAUCGCAUUACUGCUUACAGCAGUGUCGCUUGGUACAAAUCCGAAUAUCCGUCAACCUACCAGUUUAGCAGAACGAGUCAGUAUUGCUCAUGACAACUUGCAAGCUGCGAUACAACUCAGGAGCAUCACUUUACGCUGGUAUGAGGACUUUUACACGUCACUUUUGCGGGUCGGAUUUGCAGCGCUCACCGCUGCAUCCGAGGCUGUUUUUCUCAAUGAAGGCCGCGCUGUGGAAGCAAGGCAAUUCACGUGGCUAGAAAACGACCGUCUUGAUGAAUUGGACGCAUCACGGCCGGAGAAGCCAUCCGAUGAAUCUCAUUUCCAGAUUGUGGAAGAAUAUGGUGUCCCUCACCCCCCUUACGAUGACCAAGGCCGACAGAUGGGGGAUUGGAAAUCAGGUUACGACAAAGAGCGAAAGCUCGAGAAGAACGACAAAACCUUGCAAACUAAGGAUGCGUUCGUCUAUCCUAACCCGCGCUCAGAUGGAGUUGGUGCAUUACAGAGGACAACUAGAUUUUAUCUUCUUUUCAUAUUUGUUCGUGGUAUACUGUUCACAGUUGGAGGCUGGAUCGCAUACGGGGCGGGCGCAUUACUAGAUCGUUUCGGAGUAACUGCCAGACCUACUUGGUUACGCAAAGUGAUCGGAGGCUCGUUGAAGCAGAUAGCUAAUGACAGAGAUCGACUACGUACGGAAGAAGAGAAACAGGAAUUUCACGAAUGGAGACGGCGUCAGGGUUUGGAGCCACGACCCAAGGACGACCAUAUCGAUAUCGAGCAUGAGAUGAGGGACAAGAUUGCUCUAGAAGGACACGAGAAUCCUCAAGAAGUCCUUGAUCAGAGAAUGUACGACUGGUGGAAGGACGGAGGAUGGUGGGGCACCAAGGAUGACAGCGCCGAUUAUGUCGUGCCGAGUGUCGAGAUUGACGAAGAUGCCACAAGCAUAAUCACAACGACCACAACCGGUUUGGACGAUGUUGCAGAUGCCUGGGAAUCGGGGUCGGAAGUGGUCUUCGACAGAGACGUUCAGCAACGCCAACACCCGAAGCACCAAUACUUGACAAUGCGACCUUAG